UUGUGGAAGGCAGUUGCAUUCGAUUGCCCAGCACUUCAGCAGCAGCGGAAAAGCGGAAAAGCCGAAGGCGGAAAAGCGGAAACGCAAGGAGAGAGACGGGGAGACGAGGAAUUGAGCAAGCACCAUCGCUGUGGCAGCGCACUAGCAUCGAUAGACGAGGCCCAACUAAUCACAUUACCAGCCAUCAGCCAUCAGCCACCAGGCAUCAGCCGCCAGUCGUCAGUCGUCACUAGUCGUCAGUCGGAAACCGAGCAAACUCACAGUUCGCAUUGCAUAGUUUUUGGCGCGCUCCGAAAUAAACACACCAGUACACACCAACACAAAGUCUUCUCCAAGCUCCUACUUCCGUGAGUGUGUGAGUGUGAGAGGUCGCCUAUCCUGCAAAAGCGACCGAAAAAUCAUCAACUCUUGUGUCUGGGGUGGCAUGUGGAUAAAUUCUAGCCGCCAUGGAUCCCAGUGCUCUACAAAACAUGGAUCGGGACGCAUUAAAGAAGCAAAUCGAGAAUAUGAAAUAUCAGGCCUCCAUGGAGCGCUGGCCGUUAUCUAAAUCCAUAGCAGAAAUGCGCUCCUUCAUCGAGGAGAACGAGAAGAAUGAUCCCUUGAUCAAUGCCCCGGAUAAGAAGAAUAAUCCGUGGGCCGAAAAGGGCAAAUGCGUUAUCAUGUAAUAUUAUCGUAAACCACAGAA